AUGUCUCAAGAAGGAGGAUCAAGUAGAGAGAGCACUCCUGCCUCGCAAAUUGAAAGACUUGCUCAAAGAUUUGAAAACAUGUUUGAAAGGCAAAAUGAAGCAAUAAGGAAUGUUCAAGAGGCGUUGGCAAAUAAUGCAAGAAGGCGGUCACGUGAUCGUUCUCCACAUGCCCAUGGAGACUCUAAUAAUUCUUCAAGAGAAAGAAGAAGAAAUAGGAGAGAUGAUGAAGAAAGGAGGAAUGAUGUUGAAGCAUACUUAGAGUGGGAAUUGAAGAUAGAGCAAGUAUUCUCAUGCCAUGAUUAUAGUGAAGAAAGGAAAGUAAAGGUGGCCUCCCUAGAGUUUUACGACUACGCGUUGGUGUGGUGGGAUCAAAUUCAAAGGGAUCGAAGGAGAUAUGAUGAGGAGCCUGUAGAUACAUGGAUUGAAAUGAAGAACCUAAUGCGUAGGAGAUUUGUUCCUACAUACUACAAUAGAGAGCUUCAUACAAAGCUUCAAGGUUUGAGGCAAGGUGGCAAAAGUGUUGAUGACUAUUAUAAAGAAAUGGAAGUUGCCAUGAUACGAGCUAAUGUAUUUGAAGAAAGAGAAGCAAUAAUGGCCCGUUUCUUAAAUGGGUUGAACCAUGACAUCCGUGACAUAGUGGAACUUCAUCCCUAUGUGGAACUUGAAGAUUUGGUUCAUCAAGCUAUUAAAGUAGAAGCACAACUAAAGAGAAAGGGUACUUUAAGGAAGAGUAUCUCCUCCUAUAACUCAAAAGGAUGGAAGGAAGGAGUGAAGAAGGAGGGAACAUUAACUAAGGACAUGACUGUCCAAAGUGGUAAACAUUCACCUAAAACUUCUUUUAAUCCUACUAAUGCUUCUGUUUCUUCUACUUCUCGACAUAGGGAAAUUAAAUGCUUCAAGUGCCUUGGAAAGGGUCAUAUUGCAUCCCAAUGUCCGAACAAGAAAACCAUGAUUUUGAGAGAGAAUAGUGAGAUCUCAAGUGAUAGUUCAUCUCAAUCAUCACACGCUUUAAGUGAAGAGGAUAGUGAGUUUGAAGCUUUAUGCCACGAGGGAGAUUUGCUUAUGGUAAGGCGUCUCUUGGGUAGUUUAGCUAAGGAGGAUGAUACCACACAAAGAGAAAAUAUUUUUCAUUCAAGAUGUUUGGUACUUGGAAAGGUUUGUUCUCUUAUUGUUGAUGGUGGUAGUUGUACCAAUGUGGCUAGUAUUCGACUUAUUGAGAAAUUGAAUCUUACUACUACUCCUCACCCCAAGCCUUAUAAGCUACAAUGGUUGAGUGAUGAAGGGAAGUUGGUUGUUAAUAGGAAAGUUUUAAUUGCUUUUUCUAUUGGCAAGUAUAAAGAUGAAGUCUUGUGUGAUGUAGUGCCUAUGGAAGCAAGUCAUAUACUCUUAGAGAGACCUUGGCAGUUUGACAAGAAAGAAUUUGAAGAUGUCUUCCCUAAAGAAGUGCCUCACGGCUUACCUCCAAUUAGAGGGAUAGAACAUCAAAUUGACUUGACUCUAGGGGCAACCUUGCCUAAUCGACCUGCAUACAGGAGCAAUCCUCAAGAAACUCAAGAGAUUCAAAAACAAGUAGAAGGAUUGUUAGAGAAAGGAUGGGUAAAAGAAAGCCUAAGCCCUUGUGCUGUACCAGUCAUCUUGGUACCCAAGAAAGAUGGAAGCUGGAGGAUGUAUCAUGUAAUUUUUCUUGGCUUUGUUGUUAAUUCUAAAGGUGUGCAUAUGGAUGAGGAAAAGGUUAAAGCCAUUAAAGAUUGGCCAACCCCUAGGACUGUGAGUGAAGUGAGGAGCUUUCAUGGGUUAGCAAGCUUUUAUAGGCGCUUUGUGAGAGAUUUUAGUACCAUUGCCGCACCCUUAAAUGAAGUUGUUAAGAAAAAUGUGGGUUUUAAAUGGGAAAGGGAGCAACAAGAAGCCUUUAAUACUUUGAAGAAUAAGCUUAUGCAUGCACCAAUACUUGCACUCCCUAAUUUUGCUAAAUCUUUUGAAUUGGAGUGUGAUGCAUCUAAUGUUGGGAUAGGGGCUGUUUUGACGCAAGAGGGACAUCCCAUUGCUUACUUUAGUGAAAAGCUUAAUGGAGCAUGCUUGAAGUAUCCUACUUAUGAUAAAGAACUCUAUGCUUUGAUUAGGGCACUCCAAACAUGGCAACAUUAUCUUUUAUCUAAAGAAUUUGUGAUCCAUAGUGACCAUGAAUCAUUGAAAUAUCUUAAGGGUCAAGGAAAAUUAAAUAAAAGGCAUGCUAAGUGGGUAGAGUUCCUAGAACAACUCCCUUAUGUUAUUAAGCAUAAGCAAGGUAAAAUGAAUGUAGUGGCUGAUGCAUUAUCUAGGCGUUAUCAUGAUGGGUAUUUGUUUAAGGGGAAUAAAUUGUGUGUGCCUAAAUGCUCAAUUCGUGACUUGCUUGUGAGAGAAGCCCAUGAAGGUGGUUUGAUGGGACACUUUGGUGUACCUAAAACUUUAAUGAUAUUGCAAGAACACUUUUUUUGGCCUAAAAUGAAACAUUAUGUUUAUAAAUUUUGUGAAAGGUGUGUUGUGUGCAAGAGGGCUAAAUCCAAGGUAAAUCAUCAUGGCCUUUAUACUCCAUUACCUGUUCCAGAUUACCCUUGGAUUGAUGUUUCUGUGGACUUCAUUGUAGGUUUGCCAAGGACAAAGACUGGCAAGGACUCCAUAUUUGUGGUUGUGGACCGAUUUUCAAAGAUGGCUCAUUUUAUUCCAUGUAGGAAAGUAGAUGAUGCUACACAUAUUGCGGACCUAUACUUCAAAGAGGUUGUAAGGUUGCAUGGUUUGCCAAGGAGCAUUGUUUCAGAUAGAGAUUCGAAGUUUUUAAGUCACUUCUGGAGGACCUUGUGGCAAAAACUUGGAACCAAACUUCUAUUCUCUACCACAUGUCACCCACAAACAAAUGGAAAAACAGAGGUGGUAAAUCGUACCUUAACUACUCUUCUCAGAACUAUGGUAAAAAAAAAUCUCAAAUCAUGGGAUGAAUGCUUGUCUCAUAUUGAAUUUGCAUAUAAUAGGACAUUUCAUUCAACUACCCUGCAUUCACCCUUUGAGGUUGUUUAUGGAUUUAAUCCUCUCACCCCGCUUGAUUUGUUGCCACUUCCUAAUGUUGCGGUACACAUGCGUAAAGAGAGGUUUCCUAUACAAAGAAAGUCAAAGCUUCAGCCAAGAGGAGAUGGAUCAUUCCAAGUCUUAGAGAGGAUUGGAGAUAAUGCAUACAAAGUGGACUUACCAGGUGAAUAUGGUGUUAGUGCUACUUUUAAUGUAUCUGAUUUAUCUCUAUUUGAUGUAGAUAAUAAAAAGUCAAAUUUGAGGGAAAAUUCUCUUGAAGAAGGAGGGAUUGAUGAGAAUCAAGGAAGGCCCAUUGAAGACAAAGACUUGAAGGCAUUGGAAGAGCUUCAAGGACCAAUGACAAGGGCAAGGGCAAAAAGAAUA